AUGUUUCAGGAGGUAGCUGAAGGCUCUGUUUCAGUCAUGGAAACACCGUGGUUCCUCACAGUGAUGCUGUGCUGCAGGGCAGCUUUAUUCAAAGUUUAUGUUGCUCUUUGCUUCUGGACUUUAAACUCUGCAUGUGUUUGAACCUGUAUCAUUGUGUAAUUACUUCAAAGUAAUGUUCAAUAAUACUCUGACUGCUGUGUUUUUGAAAUGAUUUUAAGAAUACAAGUUUUACAUUACCACCUUUGUGUUUUUGUUUUUCAGGUUUGUAUCCGCCCUGACAUCCCCAACUCUGCUGUCUCCAGGGUCACACACCUCUCUUCAGACCCCAGGGUCACCUCCAUCAGAGAUGUCUGCCCCCCUGUCCAGCCUGGCCAUCUCUGUCCCCUCAGUGGCUCUCAGCCCAUCUGGAGAGGAGGAGCGCCCCCUGCUGCUGCUGAACAGGCGACGAGCUCGGGAUGAACAGAAAAGGACCUCUGCUCAUUACAACCACGGCCACAUGGCCCACAGUUUACCACCAAGCCCGCUGUUGCCUGGGCAGAAAGGUGACUACCAGAUCAUGUGUGGGCGUGAUGACACAGCUGCCAGCUGUCAGGUCUUCUCACCUGAUGAUCUACCUGAGACAAACAGCAGCAUGAGGAGAGGCAGGCACAGCAUGGAGUCCAGCUGUGACAGCAUCCUGGCAGACGAGUCUCAGGGGGAACAAACGCCCUUCAUCGCCACAGGAAGCGCCUCAGCACGGCUGCUUGGUGCUCCAGACGGCAGCAGGACUAACCCAGCAGCGCCACUUGAUGACCUACAGGAUGAGUCAACGAGUCCCACCAACAAACUAGAUUCAGAGUCUGCGUAA